CAGCCACAGAACUCUAUGUUGUGAGAUUUUCCUUCAAUGUGAUGGGACUGCACAGCUCCAAAGCUCCGUCAGAGGCUCAGAUUCUCAUGCUUGGCCUUGAUGGAUCUGGCAAAUCUACCCUACUGUACAAGCUGAAGUACAAUGAGGCAGUGCUGACUGUUCCCACUGUGGGCUUCAAUGUGGAGAUGCUGGAGACCAAAGACAAGGGUCGUACUUUGACCGUGUGGGAUGUUGGAGGCCAGCUCCAAAUGAGGACCCACUGGAAGCACUACUACCAGGACACAUCUGGGCUGGUAUUCGUGGUGGACAGCCAGGAGCAAAAGAGGUUUCCUGAGGCCAAGCAGGAACUGGAGCAAAUCCUGGGCAGUGAGCACCUGAAAGGCCUGCCGCUGAUUGUGCUAGCGAACAAACAAGACAUGUUGGGGGCUGCAAGCCCGGGAGACAUAGAGGAGGCCUUGAACUUGAAGCAGAUUUGCGGGAACAGAGACUGGUUCAUCCAGCCAUGUUCAGGAAAGACCGGUGAAGGUCUGGAAGACUGCUUCGGGAGAAUGGUCUGCUUUCUCAAGAUAGCCACGGCGAAAGGAGAGAAGCACUACAGGAACAAAAGCAACAGAUGCACUGGGACCACUUUGAUAAGCUGAGAGAGAAAGUUAUUUGUUGAAAUGCUUCAUUCGAUGAAUGAUGGACCUUCAACAGCCUUGAGGCUGGUCUAUAAGAGAGAUGGCAGCUCUAGCACUUGCAAUUGUUGACCAUGAAUUUAUUGUGAAUGUAUUUAUGAUGAUAUGGUACCUUUAUAACUUGUAUGUCACAUGUUUGCUACCUUGAACAGUUUAUACUUUUCAUACUUGGGUUUGUUGAUGGAUCCAUCCAUCCAUCCAUUUUCUAAGCCGCUUCUCCGUUAGGGUCGCGGGGGGGUGCUGGAGCCUAUCCCAGCAGUCUUUGGGCGGA